AUGAACCCAUUCACGACGAUAGGGUUGUCGGGCAACAUCAUCACCUUUAUCGAGUUUGCGGUCCAGGUGAACUGUUCGACGUCGGAAAUCUAUCACUCGGCGACGGGAGAAACGGACGCCAACGCAGCGUUGCGAAAGGUAACGACACAUUUGAAGAAGGCGAGUGGUGAGCUUUCCGCCCAGCUUCCGGCAUCAUGUUCCCUUCUCGAGAAGGACAUUGCAGCGCUUGCAUUGGACUGCAAGCGAGAGGCAGAUAUGAUGUUGGAUAUUUUAUCCACGCUCCAGGCGCCCGUGAAAGGGAAAUUGCCGCCUGCGAGGGUAGUUCUCAGGACCUUUUGGAAAAGGAAGGAUCUCCAGGAUAGGAGCAAAAAACUGGCAAGCCUCCGAUCGACUCUUAUUCUACGGCUUGUUGGUUUGAUCAAUGACCAGAACUCAAGCAUCAACAAACUGGUGAUGGAUCUCACAGAGGCUGGUUCAAUGGUGUCUGCCAACACAAUGAGUCGGUUAGACAAGCUUCAAAAUACAAUCGAGGAGCUGAAAGAUAGCAUGCGAAAGAAUUCAGAGGAUCCGUCAGACCCCAAGAAGCCCAACAUGGAAUUCAUCGCCCGGCAAGUCGACCUGAUCCAAGAGAUCGGGGACCCAAUCGCCAGGGAACAGCAAGUCCUCAAAAAUCUCCGUUUCGAGUCGAUGAUGAUGCGUGAGUCGGCAGUCGCAGAAGCUCAUGCACAAACGUAUGAAUGGGUUUUUUCCCGCCGGUCCAACUUCCGCCAGUGGCUGUCUCACGGCGAGGACAUUUUCUGGAUAUCAGGCAAACCGGGCUCAGGCAAAUCAACGCUCAUGAAGUUCAUCAGCCACCGCCCAGAAACGACCACAAUCCUCAGAUCCUGGGCAAAUGGCCAGCACCUUGUAACCGCGAGCUUUUACUUUUGGAGCUCGGGUACCACAAUGCAAAAGUCGCUCCAGGGCCUGUUCCAGUCCUUGCUGUUCGAGAUGAUGCGCCAGUGCCCCUCAAUCAUUCCACUGCUCUGUCCCAAUCGAUGGGGAAAUGCCUUCCUGAGCUCUGUCGACGAGCCAUGGACGUGGGAUGAAGUGAAGGCGGCCUUCGAAAAGGCAAGGCAGCAGCGCAACAUGCCAGCCAAAUUCUGCUUUUUCAUUGACGGAUUGGAUGAAUACGGCGGCGACCACUCGGAAAUGAUAGGGCUUUUAUUCAAGGCAUCGGAAUCAGCAAACAUGAAGUUAUGCCUGGCUAGCCGCCCAGAGAAUAUCUUCCAGAGUUCAUUUGGCCAGUCAAAGGAAAAGAUGCUGCGUCUGCAGGACUUGACAAGGGAAGACAUAUUUCGCUACACGCGGGAUAAGCUUGAUUCCCACAGAACCUUCCUCCACCUGAAGUCGAGCGACAAGACGUAUGACUAUCUGGUAAAGGAGAUUGUGGACAGGGCCGACGGCGUGUUUCUGUGGGUGACGCUUGUCGUGCGUUCUCUAAGCGAAGGAAUCACAAAUGCCGACACCGUCGCCACGCUGCAUAAGCGACUUCAGCAGCUCCCAUCUGACCUCGAGCUGUUCUUCACUCAUAUUCUGAAUGGUGUGGGUGAAAUCUACUGGGAGGGAACAGCAAAGGCCUUUCAGAUGGCCACAACUGCUGUCCAUCCUCUUCCGCUAUGGGUCUUUUCGAUCCUAGACGAAGAUGAACCCAACCUGGCUUGCAAGACAGUAGUAACACCGAUCACAAAGAGUGAUAUAAUCGAACAAACAGAGCUUCUAAGCAAGCGACUCAACGCUCGUUGCAAAGGUCUACUUGAAGUAAGACUUUCUGGCUCAAGUGACUAUCCAGGCUUGCACCGGGUCGAGUUCCUGCACCGAACAGCUCGAGACUUUCUCCGAGUCAAGAGCGUAGAAGACUUGCUGAUUUCUAGGCAAGAAGAAUAUUUCGACGUUGAUGAAGCUCUUUGCAGGGGAUUCCUCAUGCAAAUGAAGCAGCUGCACCUGUCCACGUCCCGAAGCCCGUACGCGAAUGACCAGAUGCUGGACACGGUCCUGAGGGAUCUCAUGCACUACGCAAACAGGGUAGAAAAACGGACAGGGCGGCCUCCAGUUGACAUCCUGGAAGAAUGCUUGCGGUCCAUCAGCGAGUGUUUCCCAAAGGCACCCACGCUGGGUCGUCUGACCUUUUACCCCUACGUGGUCCGCGAAGGUUUAUUCAAGUACCUCCAACACCUUCUGCGCUCCAACGCCAACUUUUUCCGAAUUGUUGGUGGACAGCCUCUUCUGAGCGUCGCGUUAACGUCAACCGCUCAGCAAUCUCAGGGAAGCAGAUAUAACUACGAGCUGAAUCCCUCCAUCGUGCAAUUGCUCUUGGACCAUGGAGCCGACCCAAACCAGUUAUAUAUCCGGCCUUUCCACCCAGACGGAUCAGUAUGGAAGGAUUUUGUGGCUUUCCUCCAAAAGUCGACCAACGGCAUGUCUAUUGAUCAGGGGAUCAAGUUCCAGGCAUUCAAAUUGAUGAUUGGCGCCGGUGCAAACAGGAACGUUUUGUUCUCAGACAGACUGAAUUUGGAAGAGGCGAUGCAUGAUAUUUUCACUCAGCAAGAGGCAAAGCUUCUAAUCCAGUUGAUACGAGACUUGGAGCAAGUAGGGAAGAGCAACGUGCGGUGA